CAGGGACCAAGGAAAGGAUAGGAUGGAUGUAAACUCUUCCUUCAAUUUUUCUAUGUCUUCUACAAGCACAGAGCUAAAGGAGGACGAGUUCAUCCUCUGCUUUCUUCCAUCACCGCGGCUCCUCAUCCAGCUCGGGCUGGAGACAGGCCCUUCCUUCUUCUGCCCGAUCUCAGAGUCUGUGUGAAGGGAAGAGGUGAGCCAGGGGGACUCUAGGGUUCUAUAGCUGCUGCUGUUGCUGCCGGGAGAGACCCCGCCCUGCAGCCCCAGUUCCUCCAGGCAUCAAGCUCUCCGGCCUGAAUCUUGCCUGACAAGGUAGAGCCAGCACUGAAGGAGAGUGGUUGGUGCUGGAUUUUCCAUAAACGCCUUCGAGAAGCUGACUCCCAGAGAAGGAUGACAAUACCCCAAGUUCAGAUUGGAGUCACAGAUAGAUGGACUUUAAAAAACUUGCUGAUGAAGUCUCCCAAGAGGUUUUAGCAUUCAGCCGAGAUACAUCGGGCUGGAAAGUGACUAAAACUUCAUUUUUGUACCUGACAGCUAAUUUAUUUUGUGAAUUUUUAUUCCCCUUUGAGAAAAAGAUAACAGUUUCCUGGAAGCCUUCUAGAAAUUACGAUGGACAUUUAUACCGGGCAGAAGGAAUAAUACCAGAGACUCCAGCUAAACUCAUUCAGUUUAUGUACCUUCCUGAACACAGGAGCAAGUGGGAUAGAUCAUUGCAUACAUACAGAAUGUUACACAGGAUUGAUUCGGACACGUUUAUAUUGCACACCAUUACAAAUAGUUUUGCCAUGGGCUCAAUUGCCCCCAGAGACUUUGUUGACUUAGUGCACAUCAAGUACUAUGAAGGGGAGAAAGUGAUUGUCAGCUCUGUUAGUGUGGAGUAUCCACAAUGUCCUCCAACUUCAAGUUAUAUCCGUGGUUAUAACAAUCCUUGUGGCUACGUAUGUUCACCACUGCCAGAGAACCCUGGCUACUCCAAACUGGUGAUGUAUGUACAACCAGAACUGAGAGGAAAUUUAUCCCGGGCUGUGGUUGAGGCAACAAUGCCUACCAACUUACUGAAUUUGAUCCAUGACGCAAAAGAUGGAAUAAAGGCACAAAAGGCUCAUUCGGCACAUUCAUCCCCAAAAGGCCAUUCAUCAUCACUACUUCAUAAGAAAUGAGGUGGUUCCGUGGCUCCUGAAUCAUGCACUUUCUUCAGUCCUCUUCUAGCAGUCAAUGUGGAAUGUAUACAUGCCAUUAUGCUAUGCUAGUCAGUAUUCUCAUGCACAUCAGCAGAGGUUCUUAAGGAAACUAAGAAUUCAGUUAUAUAAGGAACAUUAAAUAUAGCUUUUAUCUCAUAAACAAUGAUGUUAACUAUCAAGUGUUAUUAAGAGCAACAUUUGUACCUUGCUUUCUUCUGAGAAAUGCCACUGAAUAAAAUUAGAAUCAAGCAAACAGGUACAACAGUGAGCACUCAACACAAACUAAAGCUAAGAGAAUACUUUUUUCACUUGCUUCACUUGCUUCACUGACUGUUCAAACUUGAUAAACUUGUGUAAUAUGAGCAUAAAUAAUAAACAAUUCCACUUAAAUAUAUACCAAAUAAAAUGUAAAAUUUAAAACUGGAUUGACAAGUCACAAAACUGCAAGGCUAUCACACAUUGCAUACCGUUUCUAUUUAAACAAUUUUGAUAUUUCAUUAGUUUGUAGCAAACAAUUCGAAGAUGUUUUUCUGCACUGGCAGUUUAGCUGGUCAGGAUUCCUGAUCCUUAUAAGGAUUUCUAAGGAGAUAAAAUCUCCAAGACCAUUAUCUAUUUCUGUGAAAAAUCUUACAUCAGUAUUCUACCUACCCUUUGAAAAACUGUAUACCAUUUUCACACUUUGGCUUUAACAGCUCUUGAAUUUUUCCUUCAGAAAAGAUAAUCAGAAUAUAAGUGUGGAAAGGCCAAAGUGUCAGGAUGAAACACAGCUCCCUAAAGGAAAGCCACUUUCAGCCACUCUGGUGGUCUCCCAGUUUUCCAGAAGACAUAUUCCUCUAUGUCUUUGCCACAGGAAAAGUAGAGAAGGAAGAA